UGUUCACCUGGGACCAGGCUUUGGGCAGGUACUGUUGUAGGAAAGGACUCAGGAGUCAUGGCUUGGUGGUGUCUGGAUGGGCUUCCCCAAGGCCUAGCUGAGCCAUGGAGAGAACUCUGGAGAUGGGAUUCGCAGCCCUUGGACUCCCUUCCCAUGGUGCACAGGACCACUAGGAACUAUAGAAACUUAAAGCAAAGGGGGGACAUGGACAACUGGAGACAGAAUCUAGAACCUUCAACACGUGUGGAGAUGUUGCGACCUUCAGGUUCCACUCGGUUAAUUCCGCCAUCCCAUUUCCAAGCUCGAUCCUUUCCAACUCUUCCAAGAAUGGCUCCCCCCUGGGUUGCAGACAUUCCUGUGGUCCAGUCCAUAGCCCAGCAAGAUGUUUCAGAGAGGCGACUAGACGAUUUGCGUCCUCCAGUGACCUUCUGGGAAUGGGAUGCUUCUGGUGAUGGACAGGAGCCAGGGCGGAGAGUCAGGUCUGUGAAGGGGUCUCAGGCCCUGACCCAGCAGGCCGAGGUGAUCUCUCGGCAGCUGCAGGAGCUGCGACAGCUUGAGGAGGAGGUCCGGCUCCUUCGGGAGACCUCACGGCAGCAGAAGCUGAGGCUGGAGACCCAGGCCAUGGAGCUAGAGGCCCUAGCAAGGGCUGAAAAAGCUGGCCAAGCCGAGGCUGAGGGCCUGCGGGCAGCCCUCGCUGCUGCUGAGGCCAUUCGGAAGAACCUGGAAGAGGGGAGCCAACAGGAACUGGAAGAAGUUAAGAGGCUGCACCAGGAGCAGCUUUCCUGCUUAAUGGCAGCUCACCAGGAGGCUCUUUCUAAUUUGACCAACAAGGCUGAGGGCUUGGAGAAGUCUUUGAAUAUCCUGGAAGCCAGGCGGGUAGAGGAAGCUGAGGAAUUAGCCUUGUCCCAAAGGGAGACCAAGCAGCUGCAGAAGCAACUGAGCAAGGCUCAAGAAGACCUGGAAACUCAAGUGACCAUGGUUGAGAACCUCAGGGCAUAUGUGGGGGAACAAGUCCCUUCAGAGGUCCAAAGCCAAGCUUGGGACUUUGAGCGACAGGAGCUUCUGGGAACUAUGCAGCGCCUGCAGGAGGACCGGGAUGUCCUGCACACGACCAGUGAGCUGCUACAGGUGCGUGUGCAGAGUCUCACGUACAUCCUUACCUUGCAGGAGGAGGAACUGGCCAGGAAGUUUCAACCUUCAGAUUCCCUGGAGCCUGAGGUAACUGAGAAGUUCCAGUCCUUACUGACUUGUUGGCGAGAGAAAGUGUUUGCCCUCAUGGUGCAGCUGAAAACCCAGGAGUUGAGCCACAAAGAAUAUGUAGAGCAGCUGAAGGGACAGGUGGUCGAGCUUGAGGGGCGAGUUGCAGAGCAGAACCAGGAGCAGACCAUUCUGCAGUGCUCCCUCCAGGACAAGGCCGCAGAGGUGGAGGUGGAGCGGGUCAGCACCAAGGCCCUGCAAGGGGAACUGAGUUGUGCCCGGGAAGCCUGGUACCGGCAGCAGCAGCAGACCACCAUCGUCAAGGAGCAGCUUAAGCUGGUGGCCGAUUCUGUGUGCAGCUCUCAGAUCUGGUUCCAGAACACCAUGAGCAAGGUCGAACAGGCUGUCGCCCGGCUGCCCGGCCUCAGCAACCGACUCAGCUAUGCAACCCGGAAGGUCCACACCAUUCAGGGCCUGGUGGCUCGGAAGGUAGCCCUUGCCCAGCUGCGCCAAGAGAGCUGCCCCCCGCCUCCCCCUCCCCCUCCACUCCCACCUCCACCGGCCCAGGACUUGAACCUUGAGUUGGAACAGCUGCGGGAAGAACGGAACCGUCUGGAUGCAGAGUUACAGCUGAGUGCCCGCCUCAUCCAGCAGGAGGUGGGCCGGGCCCGGGAGCAAGGGGAGGCAGAGCGGAAGCAGCUCAGUGAGGUUGCCCAGCAGCUAGAGCAGGAGCUGCAGCGAACCCAGGAGUCCCUGGCCAGUGUGGGACUGCAGCUGGAGUCGGCUCGCCAGGGCCAGCAGGAGAGCACGGAGGAGGCUGCCAGCCUCAGGAGGGAGCUGACGCAGCAGCAGGAGAAGUACGGGCAAGCUCUGCAAGAGAAGGUGGCCGAGGUAGAAACACGACUUCGGGAACAGCUGAUAGAAAUGGAGAGAAGGUUGAAUGAAGCUCGCAGAGAGCAUGCCAAAGCUGUGGUCUCCCUGCGCCAGAUGCAGCACAAAGCUGCCCGGGAAAAGGAGCGGAACCAGGAGCUCAGGCAGCUCCAGGAUGAGGCCCGCAGGGAGGAGGGGCUGCGACUGACCCGGCGCCUGGAGGAGCUGGAAAGGGACAAGAAUCUCAUGCUGGCCACCUUGCGGCAGGAGGGCAUCCUCUCCAGUCAGAGGCAGCAGCGGCUUCUGGCAGCCCUUCCUUUCUUAAUGGACGAAGGCAAAUGUGGAGAGUCCAGCCUCCGGCCCUCAGGAUCUUCAGUACUUUCAGCUCCCCCUGCUUCUUCAUUUCCACCCAUGAAACCCUCCUCUCAGGAUCCCACAAAAGGGUCCCUCUUUGCUCUGCUCAAUGACCUGCAGGGCCUGACGGAAGCCAUUGCCAAAGAGGAAGGUCUGUGUCAAGGAGACAACCAGAACACUCCUGCUUCCGACAGCUGCUGA